AUGCCUGCUAAAAGUAGGCUUCCGAUAAGUGUAGGAACAAAAAAGGGGAAUGGCAAAAAAGUAAACGAGCUUCUUAAUCUAAAGCAGGCAAUGAAACACCUCCAAGAAACUCAAGUCAGCGAACAUUUGAACUACGAAGAUUUAUGUAUCCAUCCAGAUGUUGAUUUUCCAGUUGGAUUCAAGCCACCUAAGUUUGACUUUUUUGAUGGAACCGGCGAUCCUCAUACUUAUUUAAGAGCAUAUUGUGAUAAAUUGGUAGGGAUUGACAAAAAUGAGAAGCUCAUAAUGAAGUUGUUCAUUAGAAGUUUGUCUAGUGAGGCUCUCGUUUGGUACACCAAACAAGACCCUCGUCAUUGGCAUAAAUGGAGCAACAUGGCUGAAGACUUUAUGAAUCAUUUCAAGUUUAACACAGAAACUGGACCUAAUCGACUUUCCCUCAUUAGUAUACAAAAGAAGCCCUCUGAAUCAUUCCAGGAAUAUGCUCGACGAUGGAGGUCUGAAGGAGGAAAAGUUCAACCACCAAUGGACGAAAGUGAAUUGAUAAAGUAUUUUAUUCGUAGUCAAAAGGGUGUCUAUUUUAAAAAAAUAAUGUCCACAUUGGAGCAGAAGUUUGCCGAUUAUGUCAAAAUGAGAACUUUUAUUGAAGAGGCAAUAAACUCUAGAAAGAUUAAGUCGACAAAUAACUCGAGUGAGUCUACUCGGUUAGAGUUCAUCGAAGAUGCCAAGGUGGAGAAUGAAGAAGAAGUAUCUAUUGUGAUACCACACCACUCAAUACUUGAAUCAUCCCAAUCAAAAUCCUGA